AUGCCGGGCGAUACAUUUUUCACGGCUUUCAGGGCACACGGCAGAUCUAAAACCAUUGUCUGGCUGAUGCAGGUUUCAGCUGCAAUCAUUUUUAUCAUCAAGCUUCGGAACUGGAAGCUGGCAGCGCUGUGGGGCAGUGCCCGGGGCCUAGUGUCGGUGUGUUACCAGGACAAGCUGGGACCUGUGCCAGGAGGCAACAACCAGGCUAUCGCCAGCCUGAUUUUGCACUUCCUGGUUGCAUACUCAAAGUCUGGUUCUUGGGCACUCCCAGAGAUCCUCAAUGCUUUUACCGUCGCCAUCCUAGAUGCGUUUACUACAGACCUUAUUCGCCAUCACGCAUCAGUUUCCCCCAGGGGGCGGGAGGGGGACGAGUAUGGAGCCGCUCCUGCCCUCCUCUCCGAGCCGGGGAAGAGGAGACGUGAGAGGGAGGAUCUGCUGAGUCCAGGCGCCGGCGGGGACUCCGCAGAAGCAGUGGUCUCCCCUGGCCAGUGCCCCGGGGCACUUCGCGAGCACUGCGCCCCUCUCCGCCGCGCCGCCCGAGUCCGCGGUCCAGCCGCGCCGCGCGGAGGCGCCCCUGCUUCCCCGCCCCCGACCCGGCGCUCCCGCGCUCCCCCUAGCGGCCGCCGCGAGGCCUCGCUCCGUCCCAGGCUCGUCGGCGGCGCAGCUCACGUGACCGCGCUCCGGGCCUGCGGCCGCUGUAGGCGAAAACCGAGAGUACAUCGGCCUCGUUCUCCGAUAUUGGAAGAAAAAGACAUCCCGCCCCUUGAAUUUCCCAAGUCCUCUGAGGAUUUAAUGGUGCCUAAUGAGCAUAUAAUGAAUGUCAUUGCCAUUUAUGAGGUACUGCGGAACUUUGGCACCGUUUUAAGGUUGUCUCCUUUUCGCUUUGAGGACUUCUGCGCGGCUCUGGUGAGUCAGGAGCAGUGCACGCUUAUGGCGGAAAUGCACGUCGUGCUCUUGAAAGCGGUUUUGCGCGAAGAGGACACUUCCAAUACUACCUUCGGACCUGCUGAUCUGAAAGACAGCGUUAAUUCCACGCUCUAUUUCAUCGACGGGAUGACGUGGCCGGAGGUGCUGCGGGUGUACUGUGAGAGCGAUAAGGAGUACCAUCACGUUCUUCCUUACCAAGAAGCAGAGGACUAUCCCUAUGGACCAGUAGAGAACAAGAUCAAAGUUCUGCAGUUCUUAGUCGAUCAGUUUCUUACCACCAACAUUGCGCGGGAGGAGUUGAUGUCUGAAGGGGUGAUCCAGUAUGACGACCACUGUCGGGUUUGCCACAAACUUGGGGAUUUGCUUUGCUGCGAGACGUGCUCGGCUGUGUACCAUUUGGAAUGUGUGAAGCCGCCUCUCGAGGAGGUGCCGGAGGACGAGUGGCAGUGUGAAGUCUGCGUAGCGCAUAAGGUGCCUGGUGUGACCGACUGUGUCGCCGAAAUCCAAAAAAACAAACCGUACAUUCGACACGAACCUAUUGGCUAUGACCGAAGUCGAAGGAAAUACUGGUUCCUAAACCGGAGACUCAUAAUAGAAGAAGAUACAGAAAAUGAAAAUGAGAAGAAAAUUUGGUACUACAGCACAAAGGUCCAACUUGCAGAAUUAAUUGACUGUCUAGAUAAAGAUUACUGGGAAGCAGAACUCUGCAAAAUCCUGGAAGAAAUGCGUGAAGAAAUCCACCGACACAUGGACAUAACUGAAGACUUGACCAAUAAGGCUCGGGGCAGUAACAAAUCCUUUCUGGCGGCAGCUAAUGAAGAAAUUUUGGAAUCCAUAAGAGCCAAAAAAGGAGACAUUGAUAUUGUUAAAAGCCCAGAAGAAAUAGAAAAGGACAAGAAUGAGACUGAGAAUAAUAACUCCAAAGAUGCUGAGAAAAGCAGAGAGGAGUUUGAAGACCAGUCCCUUGAAAAAGAUGGUGAUGACAAAGCACCAGAUGAUGAUCCUGAGCAAGGAAAAUCCGAGGAGCCAACAGAAGUUGGGGAUAAAGGUAACUCUGUGUCAGCAAAUCUUGGCGACAACACAACAAAUGCUUCUCCAGAAGAGACUAGUCCCUCUGAAGGGAGGAGUCCCGUGGGGUGUCUCUCAGAAACCCAUGAUAGCAGCAACAUGGCAGAGAAGAAGGUGGCAUCUGAGCUCCCCCAGGACGUGCCAGAAGACCCUAACAAGACCUGUGACAGCAGUAACACUAGUGCUACCACUACCUCCAUCCAGCCUAAUCUGGAAAACAGUAACAGCAGCAGUGAACUAAAUUCUUCCCAGAGCGAAUCUGCUAAGGCAGCUGAUGAGCCUGAAAAUGGAGAAAGAGAGUCUCAUACACCUGUCUCUAUUCAAGAAGAGAUAGGUGAUUUCAAAUCAGAGAAGUCUAAUGGAGAAAUAAGUGAGUCUCCUGGAGCUGGAAGAGGGACAUCUGGGUCAACUCGAAUUAUCACCAGAUUACGGAAUCCAGACAGCAAGCUGAGUCAGCUGAAGAGCCAACAGGUGGCUGCUGCAGCCCAUGAAGCAAAUAAAUUAUUUAAGGAGGGCAAAGAGGUACUGGUAGUUAACUCUCAAGGAGAAAUUUCACGGUUGAGCACCAAAAAGGAAGUGGUCAUGAAAGGAAAUAUCAACAAUUAUUUUAAGUUGGGUCAAGAAGGGAAGUAUCGAGUCUACCACAAUCAAUACUCCACCAAUUCAUUUGCUUUGAAUAAGCACCAGCACAGAGAAGAUCAUGAUAAGAGAAGGCAUCUUGCACAUAAAUUCUGUCUGACUCCAGCAGGAGAGUUCAAAUGGAAUGGUUCUGUCCAUGGGUCCAAAGUUCUUACCAUAUCUACACUGAGGCUGACUAUCACCCAACUGGAAAACAAUAUCCCUUCAUCCUUUCUUCAUCCAAAUUGGGCUUCACACAGGGCGAAUUGGAUCAAGGCAGUUCAGAUGUGUAGCAAACCCAGAGAAUUUGCAUUGGCUUUAGCUAUUUUGGAGUGUGCGGUUAAGCCUGUUGUGAUGCUGCCAAUAUGGCGAGAAUCUUUAGGACACACCAGGUUACACAGAAUGACAUCAAUUGAAAGAGAAGAAAAGGAGAAAGUCAAGAAAAAAGAGAAAAAGCAAGAAGAGGAAGAAACGAUGCAACAAGCCACGUGGGUAAAAUAUACAUUUCCAGUUAAACAUCAGGUUUGGAAACAAAAAGGAGAGGAAUACAGAGUUACGGGAUAUGGUGGUUGGAGCUGGAUUAGUAAAACUCAUGUUUAUAGGUUUGUUCCUAAAUUGCCAGGCAAUACUAAUGUGAAUUACAGAAAGUCAUUAGAAGGAACCAAAAAUAAUGUGGAUGAAAAUAUGGAUGAAUCAGAUAGAAGAAAAAGUCCACGAAGUCCAAAAAAAAUAAAAACAGAGCCUGAUUCUGAGAAAGAUGAGGUAAAAGAUUCAGAUGCUACAAAAGGAGCAGACCAAAGUGAAAUGGAUGUUUCCAGGAUUGCUGAGAAGAAGGACCAAGAUGUAAAAGAAGUUUUAGAUUCUGACAAUGAUAAAUCCUUUAAGGAAGAACCAAUGGAAAUAGAUGAUGAUGUGAAAACAGAGCCACAUAUAAAUUGUCAGGAAAGUUCUCAAGUAGAUGUGGUCAAUGUCAGUGAGGGUUUUCAUCUAAGGACUAGUUAUAAAAAGAAAAUUAAAUCAUCCAAACUAGAUGGACUUCUUGAAAGGAGAAUUAAACAGUUUACACUGGAAGAAAAACAGCGCCUUGAAAAGAUGAAGUUGGAGGGUGGAAUUAAGGGUAUCGGAAAGACCUCUACAAGUUCUCUGAAAAGUCUUUCUGAGUCUCCAGUAAUAACUAAAGCAAAAGAAGGGUGUCAAAGUGACUUGCUUAUUAAACAAGAACAAAGCCCUAAUGCAAGUAAUGAUAAAUCUGAAGAUUUGAUUCGGGGAUGUUCACAGAGCGAUUCCUCAAUUCUUGGAAUCAGUGAUCCUGAUCAUACAACAAACAAACUUUAUCCAAAAGAUCAAAUGUUAGAUGACGUCUCCAUUCAGAGUCCAGAGACAAACUGUCAGAAACAAAAUUCUGUUGGAAAUGACAUAGAUGAGAGUCUCUCUGAACCUACCAGUAAAGGCCAGGAACCUAGUAAGAUUAAAACCAAAGGAAGUGAUUUUCUCGUUGAUGACUCCAAACUAGCCAGUACAGAUGAAAUUGGUACUUUGAUCUAUAAGAACAAAAAACCACUCAUACAGGAGGAUAAUGACACCAUUGUUUCUCCUUCCCAGAGCCCUUCACUUCCAUCAGUACCUAAAAGUAUCGAUGAUAGAGAUAUCCCAUCUCUGUCAAAAGCAAUGGACUUUGAAGGAAAACUGGGAUGUGACUCUGAAUAUAAUAGCACUUUGGAAAAUAGUUCUGAUACUAUGUCUAUUCAAGACAGCAGUGAAGAAGAUAUGAUUGUUCAGAAUAGCAGUGAAAGUAUUUCUGAACAGUUCAUAACUCAAGAACAAGGUAUUGAAGGCUUGGAACCAUUGAAACGUGAGUUUGUUUCAGAUCAGUCCACUGGAAACUGUGACAAGAGACCACAGAGUAAGGUAACUGAAGCAAAUGGUAAAAAAACAAGUCAAGAACAGAAAUUAGAGGAGAGAUCAGUUAAAUGUAUUGAUCAAGUCAAUCUAAAAAGUAGCACUGACAAAAAGAAUAAUGAAAAUCGAGAGUCUGAAAAGAAAGGACAGAAAGCGAGUACCUUUCAAAUAAAUGGAAAAGAUAAUAAAUCUAAAGUAUAUUUGAAAGGGGAAUGCUUGAAAGAAAUCUCUGAGAGUAAAGUAGUAAGUGGCGAUGUUGAACCAAAGCUUAAUAAUAUAAGUAAAAUAAUUCCUGAAAAUGAUAUUAAGUCUUUGACCAUUAAAGAAUCUGCUGUAAAGCCAUUCAUGAAUGGUGAUGUCAUCAUGGAAGAUUUUAAUGAAAAAAACAACGUGGAAACAAAAUCAUGUUUACUGAGAUCUUCUGAUGCUGGAGGUGACUACCAGGAUGGCCUAGAGACCCUGCCUUCAACCAAAGAGUCUGAGAGUAUACAUACUACCACACCUCCACUGUCUUGUCCAGAAAGCAGUUCAACAAAUCAGGUAGAAGAUAUGGAAAUUGAAACCUCAGAAGUUAAGAAAGUUACUCCCUCACCUGUUACUUCUGGAGAGGAAUCUAACCUCAGUAAUGAUUUUGUUGAUGAAAAUGGGCUGCCUGCCAGCAAAGAUGAAAAUGUCAACGGAGAGUCUAAGAGGAAAACCGUCAUCACAGAAGUCACCACUAUGACAUCCACGGUGGCCACGGAAUCAAAAACCGUAAUCAAAGUAGCAAAAGGUGAUAAGCAGACUGUGGUCUCUUCCACAGAAAACUGUGCCAAAUCCACUGUCACGACCACCACUACAACGGUAACAAAGCUUUCCACACCCUCCACGGGCAGCAGCGUGGACAUCAUCUCUGUGAAGGAGCAAAGCAAAACUGUGGUCACCACAACAGUGACAGACUCACUGACCACUGCAGGAGGCACUCUGGUAACAUCUAUGACCGUGAGCAAAGAAUAUUCCACAAGGGACAAAGUGAAACUCAUGAAGUUUUCAAGACCCAAGAAGACUCGUUCAGGUACUGCUCUGCCAUCCUAUAGAAAAUUUAUCACCAAGAGCAGCAAGAAGAGCAUAUUUGUGUUGCCUAAUGAUGACUUAAAAAAGUUGGCCAGAAAAGGAGGAAUCCGAGAAGUCCCUUAUUUUAAUUACAAUGCAAAACCUGCCUUGGAUAUAUGGCCGUAUCCUUCUCCUAGACCAACCUUUGGUAUCACUUGGAGGUAUAGACUUCAGACUGUAAAGUCCUUAGCUGGAGUGAGCCUUAUGUUACGGUUACUGUGGGCAAGCUUGAGAUGGGAUGACAUGGCAGCCAAGGCUCCUCCAGGAGGAGGGACCACACGGACAGAAACCUCUGAAACUGAAAUCACGACGACAGAGAUAAUUAAGAGGCGAGAUGUUGGUCCUUACGGCAUUCGAUCUGAAUAUUGUAUCCGGAAAAUCAUUUGCCCCAUUGGAGUUCCAGAAGCACCAAAAGAAACACCUACGCCUCAGAGAAAAGGCCUUCGAUCGAGUGCAUUGCGGCCAAAGAGACCGGAAACGCCCAAGCAAACUGGCCCUGUUAUUAUCGAAACUUGGGUAGCAGAGGAAGAGUUGGAAUUAUGGGAGAUCAGGGCAUUUGCUGAAAGAGUGGAGAAAGAGAAGGCACAAGCAGUUGAGCAACAGGCUAAGGUUAGUGAACAGAAGAAGGCAGAGGACUUCAAGGCCCAAAUGGAGGCUCACCUCAAACAGCAGCGCUUGGCUGCCCGGCAGAAACGAUUGGAACAGCAGAAGCCUACAGCAAUUGCAGCUUCCACCACUUCCCCAACGAACAGUACAACUAGUACCAUCUCCCCAGCGCCUAAAGUGAUGGUGGCCCCCAUAAGUGGCUCCGUUACAACCGGAACUAAAAUGGUACUAACUACCAAAGUUGGAUCUCCAGCGACAGUGACAUUCCAGCAAAACAAGAACUUCCAUCAGACCUUCGCUACGUGGGUUAAGCAAGGCCAGUCAAACUCAGCCACCGGCACAGCUGCCACAUCUGCUACAACCAUUGCCAGCACAGGUCAGACGUUCCAAAUUACAGGCAAUCCAGUCACUAUGGCAGGAAAAGUAAUUACCAAACUGCCACUUCCUGCAAACAGCAAGAUUGUCGCUGUAAAUGUGCCAGCAACACAAGGAGGCGUUGUUCAAGUACAGCAGAAAGUCCUGGGUAUCAUUCCAUCAAGUACAGGUACAAGUCAGCAGACCUUUACUUCAUUCCAGCCCAGGACAGCAACAGUCACAAUUAGGCCCAAUACCUCAGGCUCUGGAGCAACCACAAGCACUUCACAAGUAAUCACAGGGCCUCAGAUCCGCCCUGGUAUGACGGUGAUUAGAACACCACUCCAACAGUCAACACUAGGAAAGGCAAUUAUUCGAACACCCGUGAUGGUACAGCCAGGUGCCCCUCAGCAAGUGGUGACCCAGAUCAUUAGAGGGCAACCCGUUUCCACCGCGAUCUCUACCCCUAAUGCAGUUUCCUCAGCACCAGGACAGAAAGCAUUAACUUCGGGAACAUCCAGUGCAAAUCUGCAGCCUUCACCCUCCCCGGCCCCUCGUCCCCAACAGGGACAGGUGAAGCUCACCAUGGCUCAACUCACUCAGUUAACACAGGGCCACGGCGGCAAUCAAGGUUUGACAGUAGUAAUUCAAGGACAAGGUCAAACGACUGGACAGUUGCAGUUGAUACCUCAAGGGGUGACUAUACUCCCGGGCCCAGGACAGCAGCUGAUGCAAGCUGCCAUGCCAAACGGUACUGUCCAGCGGUUCCUCUUCACACCUUUGGCCACAACAGCCACAGCGGCCAGCAGCACUACCACCACCGUUUCCACUACGGCAGCAGGUACAGGUGAACAAAGACAGAGUAAAUUAUCACCCCCGACACAGGUGCCACAAGCCAAAACCUUGCCACCAGCUCAGUCAUCAAGUGUGAGUCCUCCAGAAGCCCAGCCACAGACUGCUCAGCCUUCAGCUCAGCCCCAGCCCCAAACCCAGCCCCCGUCCCCAGCUCAGCCUGAAGUGCAGACUCAGCCUGAAGCUCAGACCCCAACAACUGUUGCAUCCCAUGUCCCUUCUGAAGCACAACCCGCCCAAGCACAGUCAUCCAAACCCCAAGUCGCAGUACAGUGUCAGCCUCAAAGUAAUGUCCAAGGACAGUCUCCUGCUCGCGUCCAAAGUCCACCACAGACUCGAAUACGUCCAUCGACUCCAUCCCAAGUGUCUCCCGGACAGCAAUCCCAGGUUCAGACUACAACCUCACAACCGAUUCCAAUUCAACCACAUACAUCUCUUCAGACACCUUCCCAGGGCCAGCCACAAUCACAACCCCAGGUACAGUCUCCAACUCAAACUCUUUCAUCAGGACAGACGUUAAACCAAGUUACUGUUUCAUCCCCAUCCCGUCCUCAGCUACAGAUACAGCAGCCGCAGCCCCAAGUCAUUGCUGUGCCCCAGCUGCAACAACAAGUCCAGGUUCUCUCUCAGAUCCAGUCGCAGGUUGUGGCUCAGAUACAGGCUCAGCAAGGUGGUGUGCCCCAGCAAAUCAAACUCCAGUUACCUAUUCAAAUUCAGCAAAGCAGUCCUGUGCAGACUCACCACAUUCAGAAUGUGGUUACAGUGCAGGCAGCCAGUGUGCAAGAGCAGUUGCAAAGGGUUCAGCAACUCAGGGAUCAGCAGCAAAAGAAGAAGCAGCAACAGAUAGAAAUUAAGCGGGAACACACUCUCCAAGCUUCUAAUCAAAGUGAAAUCAUUCAGAAACAGGUGGUGAUGAAGCAUAAUGCUGUAAUAGAACAUUUAAAGCAGAAAAAGACCAUGACUCCAGCUGAAAGAGAAGAGAAUCAAAGAAUGAUUGUCUGUAACCAGGUGAUGAAGUAUAUUUUGGAUAAGAUAGAUAAAGAAGAAAAACAGGCAGCAAAAAAACGGAAGCGCGAAGAGAGUGUGGAACAGAAACGUAGCAAGCAGAAUGCCACCAAGCUCUCCGCGCUGCUCUUCAAACACAAAGAACAACUCAAAGCGGAAAUACUAAAAAAGAGAGCGCUCCUGGACAAAGACCUACAAAUUCAAGUGCAGGAAGAGCUCAAGAGAGACCUGAGGAUUAAGAAAGAAAAAGACAUGGUGCAGGCCACAGCGGUAGCGGCUCCCUCCCCCGCAGCGCCGCCUGCGCCUCCGGCCCCUCCGCCUUCACCCCCGCCUCCGCCUCCCCCACAGCACACGGGCCCCCUGGCCACGGCCACGGCCACGGCCACGCUGCCUGCCGCUUCCCAGAAGAGGAAGCGAGAAGAGGAAAGAGACUCGAGCUCCAAGUCCAAGAAGAAGAAAAUGAUCUCUACUACCUCAAAGGAAACUAAGAAGGACACAAAGCUUUACUGUAUCUGUAAAACGCCUUACGAUGAAUCUAAGUUCUAUAUUGGCUGUGAUCUUUGUACUAACUGGUAUCAUGGAGAAUGUGUUGGCAUCACAGAAAAGGAGGCUAAGAAAAUGGAUGUGUACAUCUGUAAUGAUUGUAAACGGGCACAAGAGGGCAGCAGUGAGGAAUUGUACUGUAUCUGCAGAACACCUUAUGAUGAGUCACAAUUUUAUAUUGGCUGUGAUCGGUGUCAGAACUGGUACCAUGGGCGCUGCGUGGGCAUCUUGCAGAGUGAGGCAGAGCUCAUUGACGAGUAUGUCUGUCCACAGUGCCAGUCAACCGAGGAUGCCAUGACAGUGCUCACGCCGCUAACGGAGAAAGAUUACGAGGGUUUGAAAAGGGUGCUGCGUUCUUUACAGGCCCAUAAGAUGGCCUGGCCUUUCCUUGAGCCAGUGGAUCCUAAUGACGCACCAGAUUAUUACGGUGUUAUUAAGGAACCUAUGGACCUCGCCACCAUGGAAGAAAGAGUACAAAGACGGUAUUAUGAAAAGCUGACGGAAUUUGUGGCAGACAUGACCAAAAUUUUUGAUAACUGUCGUUACUACAAUCCUAGUGACUCGCCUUUUUACCAAUGUGCAGAAGUUCUUGAAUCAUUCUUUGUACAGAAAUUGAAAGGAUUCAAGGCUAGCAGGUCUCAUAACAACAAACUGCAGUCUACAGCUUCUUAAAGUUCAGCGUGUUAACCUAACAUAAAAC